GCAGCAGUGCAAGGAGUGGAUGUGAGCAGUGAGGAUGGAGAAAGUGACACAGUGGGCGCAGGACAAUCCCCGCGUGGGCGUGGAAAAGUGAUCCGGCAACUCGCAAACACGCGGAAUGUAGGAGGGAUCGCGCCACGGUGAACUUUGUCACAAAUCCCGCAGACGUUUGGAGCCACUUGGCGAGUGACCCGGCGGCGUGACGAUGCUCGUGUGGCUGACUGCUGCGGGCGGCCUGCUGCUGCUGUGCGGCCCCAUCCUCACCUGCCUCUGCCCCUACCUGCUGGAGGACUGCGUCUACAUGCUGCGCUGCCUCCGCCUGGCCGUCACGCUGCUCCGGUACAAGACGAGGAAACCUCUGCACAGCAUCGUGGACGGAUUCCUGGACGCCGUCCGGAAACACCCCGCCAAGACCUUCCUGCACUUCGAGGGCCACGCGUGGACGUACCGUGACGUGGAGCGGCGCAGCAACAAGGUGGCCCGCGCGCUGCAGGAGGCGGCGCGGCUGAAGGAAGGCCAAGCUGCCGCGCUCUUUCUGAACAACGAGCCUAACCUGGUAUGGACCUGGCUGGGACUCGCUAAACUGGGCUGUCCGGUUGCUCUGCUCAACUUUAACAUCCGAUCCAUGUCCCUGCUGCACUGCUUCUCCUGCUGCGGGGCCAAAGUGCUCAUCACCUCUGCAGAGCUCCAGGACGCGGUGGAGGAAAUCCUACCUGCACUGAGAGAGCAGGGGGUCAGCGUGUACUUCCUGUCGGAGACGCGACACAUCGACGGAGUCCAAGUUUUGACCGAUAAAAUCUCCAAGGCCUCAGACCAGCCUUUGUCCAAGGACCUGCGAGCCAACGUGAAGAUCAGGAGCACUGCUCUUUACAUCUACACGUCAGGAACCACAGGUUUGCCCAAAGCGGCGGUGGUCACCCAUGAGCGCAUGUGGGCGGCGUCCUUCAUCCAAGCGACGUGCGGCAUCACCAGCGAUGACGUCAUCUACAUCAACCUGCCUCUCUACCACAGCUCGGGCUUUCUCAUCGGACUAGCGGGCGCCAUUCAGAGAGGUAUAACGGUGGUUUUGAAGAGAAAGUUCUCUGCCUCUCAGUUCUGGGACGACUGCAGGGAGCACAACGUGACAGUGAUGCAGUACAUCGGAGAAACCAUGCGCUACCUCUGCAACUCGCCACAGGACGACGACAGGGACCACAAAGUGAGGAUCGCCAUCGGCAACGGCGUCCGCAAAGACGUCUGGUCCGAGUUUCUGCGGCGCUUCGGCGACAUUAAAGUGAAGGAGCUGUAUGCUGCCACCGAGGGGAACAUCGGAUUCAUUAACUACACUUCCAAAGUCGGCGCUGUGGGGAGGAUGAAUUUUUUACACAGCCUCAUCUUCCCGUACACGUUGAUCAAGUUCGACAUCGAGAAGGAGGAGCCUGUCAGAAACUCACAGGGUCUUUGCAUCAAGGCGGCCAUAGGUGAGACGGGCCUCCUGACGGGAAAGGUCACGCAGAGGUCACCUUUCGUGGGCUACGCAGGCAACGAUCAGCAGACUGAGAAGAAGAGGCUCCGCAACGUGAUGAAAAAAGGCGACCUCUACUUCAACACGGGAGACCUGAUGCGCUUCGACAAGGACAACUUUGUCUAUUUCCAAGACCGAGUCGGCGACACGUUCAGAUGGAAGGGAGAGAACGUGGCCACUUCAGAAGUGGCAGACGUCCUCACCAUGGCUCCUUGCAUUCAAGAGGCAAACGUCUACGGCGUUAGAGUGGAAGGGAACGAGGGCCGGGUGGGCAUGGCCGCGGUCACUCUGAAAGAAGGCCGGGACUUUGACUGUGACGACGCCUACAAGGUGCUCCACACCUACCUGCCCAGUUACGCACGCCCACGCUUUAUCAGGAUCCAGCCAUGUAUGGAGAUAACAGGCACGUUCAAGAUGAAGAAAAGCAAGUUGGUGAACGACGGAUUCAACCCAGCCCUAAUCCGCGAGCCUUUGUACUACCUCGACGAGUCUAAACUGACCUUUGUUCCCAUGACAACGGAGAUUUACAGCACCAUAACCAGCGGCACAAUCAAACUCUAGCAUUUUGUUGUUCAUAGACAUGUUCAGUUUGUGCCUUGACAACUAAUCUCAGGGAGGAAUGGACACCAUAUUUAUUUCAACCAAGCCCUGACAGUGUAGUACAGUACAAUACAACACUCUUCAUUCCAGGCCAGUUAAUAAAAAAAAAAUCAUGUAUAACAGGGGACAGGGGUUUUUGACAUUCUCCCAUUUAUAUAUCUUGUGUAAAAUUGUUUUUUAAACAAACCUGCGGCUUCUGAGGUAGAGGGCAGGCGUAUCUCUCUUCCGCCUGUGUUUUAAAGGCCUACUGAAACCCACUACUACCGACCACGCAGUCUGAUAGUAUAAAUAUAUAUAUAUAUAUAUAUAUACAUAUAUAUAUAUAUAUAAAUAUAUAUAUAUAUGUGAUGAAAUAUUAACAUUGCAACACAUGCCAAUACGGCCGGUUUAGUUUACUAAAUUGCAAUUUAAAAUUUCCCGCGGAGUUUCUUGUUGAAAACGUCGCGGAAUGAUGACGCGUUUGUCGCGGAAUGAUGACGCGUGCACGUGACGUCACGGACUGUCAGGAAAUAUUAGCACAGCACCAUUUGUUGCUAAAAGUCGUCUCUUUUCAUCGCGCAAUUAAACAGUAUUCUGGACAUCUGUGUUGCUGAAUCUUUUGCAAUUUGUUCAAUUAAUAAUGGAGAAGUCAAAGUAGAAAGAUGGAGUUGGAAAGCUUUAGCCUUUAGUCACACAAACACAGGGUGAUUCCGUGUUUAAAAUUCCCGGAGGUGAAGCUUUACUAUGGAUCACAGCGAACAUGGAUCCCGACCACUUGUCAACCGGUUUCGGUGAGAAAAUCGUGGUAAAAUGUCACCUCUUACCGGAGAUCUGUGGAGUUUGCGCCGUUCUUGUAUCUGCCGUGACUUCCCUCAGACACUGGCCUCAAGACACCCGUGGACACACCCCUCUGACUAUCAGGUACUAUUUAAUGUCACUAAAACACUAGCAACACAAUAGAAAGAUAAAGGAUUUCCCAGAAUUAUCCUAGUAAAUGUGUCUAAAAACAUCUGAAUCCGUCCCAAUGCAUUCACCUUUUUUUUAUUUUUAACUUUAUUUUUUUCUAGUCAUUCGCUAUCAAUAUCAUCCACAAAUCUUUCAUCCUCGCUCAAAUUAAUGGGGAAAUUGUCGUUUUCUCGGUCCGAAUAGCUGUUUUUGUUGGAGGCUCCCAUUAAAAUUAAUGUGAAUAUGUGAGGAGCCAUCAACAUGUGACGUCAUCGUCUGCAACUUCCGGUAAAGGCAAGGCUUUUUUAUCAGCACCAAAACUUGCAAACUUUAUCGUGGAUGUUCUCUACUAAAUCCUUUCAGCAAAAAUAUGGCAAUAUUGCAAAAUGAUCAAGUAUGACACAUAGAAUGGACCUGCUAUCCCCGUUUAAAUAAGAAAAUCGCAUUUCAGUAGGCCUUUGAUGGUGUGUUAUAAAUAAGUACAUUUAUAGGAUAAACAAACCAGGUGCUUGCUGACAAUGGGCCAAUCACAAGGAGCCUGACAGAGUUUGGGAUUGGCCCAGCAGCAAAGUUAAAUGUGUGCAUUGCUGACUGAAAGACAUAUUCUGCCUCCAUUUACCUGUGUUAGAUCAACGUUGACAAGUAUUUGAAUUUGAGCUCAAAUUAAGGGGGCAAAUUAUAAAAUAUUUUAAAAAGAUCUUAACCAAACAUGACCUCUUUUGAAGACAUCCUUACUAUUAGCAUUUCAAAAUAUGACUCUGAAAUAUUUUAUCCAAAGUUCUUUGUUUUUUUAAAUGAAAUCGGUGUUGAUGUCAUUCAUGGUUGGAAAAUAAACGUUUUACCACA